CCUUACAAAACCUCUUCUCUUUUAUCCACCAUUUCUUCCUCCUUCUUUGUUUCUCACGUCUGCUAUCUUUCCAUUGCCCAUUUUCCAAAAAAAAAAAAAAAAAAUCUGCUAUCUCUCUCUCUAUGCGUCCACCUUUCUUCAACUUUCUCAGUUUCUUAAAGGUACAAUCUUUCCCUCUUUCACUUUCUUGAUUCUUCUGCAAUCCAUUGUUUCUCAAUUGUUUACCCGUUUUCAAGAAAACCCCACAAUUUCUUUUUCUCUUUCUUUCUUCCCAACAAAUUUGGUGGGUUUUGCGAGUAGUCACUGUACUGGGGUUUUACGGGUUCGGUGGUUGGUUCUACAAGGGCGGUUUUGUUCAGAAAGGGAAAUGAGCAAAGAUGUUGUCGUGGUUGGGAAACGUUGCUUUUGCUUGCUGCAGACCAGAUCCAAUCGUCCGUAUUAUGAACAUGGAUGAUGAUGAUAAAAGGCUCGACGCUUCCUCCCUCGCUUCUCUAUUCUGGGGUAGAGAUCUUGGCAAGCAUUCCUUUGGCGAUUUCUCAAUCGCCGUGGUACAAGCUAAUGAUGUCAUCGAGGAUCACAGCCAGGUCGAGACGGCACAAGAUGCUACCUUUGUUGGAAUCUAUGAUGGGCAUGGCGGUCCGAACGCGUCUCGCUUUGUAUCCAAGCAUCUCUUUCACAAUUUGUUCAGGCUUGCACUGGAAAAAGGAACCAUUUCUGAAGAUGUUCUCAGGCGUGCUGUUAUCGCAACUGAAAAUGAAUUUCUUGCUCUUGUACGGAAGACAUUUGGUACAAAUCCAUUGAUCGCAGCAGUUGGGACUUGUUGUCUGAUUGGAGUUAUUUGGGAAGGAACGCUGUAUGUUGCUAAUUUGGGUGAUUCUAGAGCUGUAAUUGGUUGUUUGGGCAAAUCAAAGGUGGUGGUUGCUGAGCAGUUGACUAGAGAUCACAAUGUGGGUUUGGAGGAGGUCAGAGAAGAGGUCAGGUCAUUAUAUCCGCAUGAUCCAAGCAUUGUGGUUGAAGAGGGUGGCACAUGGCGUGUUAAAGGCUUACUUCAGGUAUCUAGAGCUAUUGGUGAUGCAUUCAUGAAGCAGCCUGAGUAUUAUCGUAAUCCUCUAAUCAACGCAUAUUACCACAUCCCUGAACCCUUCAACCGACCAGUUGUAACACCAGAGCCAUCAUUGAAUAGGAGGGUUUUACAACCCAGUGAUAAGUUCAUCAUUUUUGCAUCUGAUGGGCUUUGGGAAUUUUUGACAAACCAGCAGGCUGUUGAUAUUGUGGUUCAAUACCCGCGAGCAGGUAUUGCUAAAAGACUUGUUGAAAGAGCUUUAAGAGAGGCAGCAAAGAAGAGGUGGAUGCACUUUAAUAAAUUUAUGAAGCUUCCAAAAGGGAAAAGGCGGGAGUUCCAUGAUGAUAUCACGGUUGUUGUCAUCUUUAUUGACCCUGAGUUGCUGGAAAGAGAGGCAUUUGCACCAGAGCUUUCAGUAAGUGGGUUUAGUGAUGUUGUUCGACCAUCAAGUUUCAGCGUUAUGGAAGUGGAAGAGCACGAUUCAAGUUCAUCACUGGAGCUGAUCUUUGAAAGUGUGGAAGACUAGGUUGAGGAAGCUUCUAUCCCUACUCGAGCUACAUCAUCUGAAGCAACACCUACUCAGGAGGCAUGAUACGUUGAAUUGUAAUUGUGGAAAACCAGGUUCUGUAAGGUUUUGACCAUACCAGCUUUUAUUUCAAGGCAGCUGAUUGUUGAUUCCCCGGCUUUUAUUUUUUUGGCCUUGCUUACCAAGUAAGCCUGCAUAAAAAAUUGAGGCUUUUUUGGAUGAAUAUACUCUGAGCUCUCCUAUUAAAUGUUCAUUUAUUUU